AUGGCCCCCGGCGACGAAUACGCAGCCGGCGGGGGCGGCAAACUCAAACUCAAAGGCUCCAAAGUCAGCGACGGCCGAGUAGAAAAGAAAAAGAAGAAGUCCAAGAAGAGCAAAUCCGACAAGGAGGGUGAAGCUGGCUCUGCGCCGCCCGAAGCUAGACACCCAGAUGAAGACCGGAGGAGCGAGGACCACCAACCGGACCACCACACACCUGAUGAUGCGGGUGCAACAGUAGGCAAGACAGAAGCAGAAAGGAAGUACGAAGAGGCGCGAAAGAAGAGGCUCUUGGAACGUCUAAAGCGGGAAGGAGUCAAGACUCACAAGGAGCGAGUGGAGGAGUUGAAUAAGUAUCUGAGCAGGCUGAGUGAGCAUCAUGAUAUAGAUCAGGUUGAGCUCCCACUGGCCCAGACGCCUGGGAUUGCUGGCGCGCUAUGCGGCCUAAGCUACGAGGGUAGCUGCCUUAGUCGCCUCACUACAGCCUAUCCACGACUCAAGGCCAUUGGCGAGCUCCCCGAAAUCGAAGAGUUUGGUAUCGACCGUACAACCACUUAUGUGCCACACCAAGCGGGGAGACGACAGCAGGUCCGAGCGGUCUACUCUACGCAGAAGUUAUGA